AUUAUUAUUUGUGCUCAGUAGGUUGGCGAUACUCAUGAGGGAGAUCAUGGUUCCUCUCCUCCUUCUCCUUUUCCUCUCCACAUGCCACUCAGCUAACGUCCUAGUAAUAGCUGGAAUGCGAGGUUCUCAUUUCUACGUCUCAACUGACAUAGCUGAGAAGAUAGCAGGGUUUGGACACAACGUUACAGUCCUCGCUAUGUUUAGUGAUGACAGAGUCGGCAUGGACGACAAACCUUACAAUUUGAUACCGAUGGUAGAUGACACUGAAGCUGAUGCCUCUAUGAAACAGUUUAGAGAUGUUUUUGCGCACUUCAGGCACAAACCAUCAGUUGAUAUGAUGGUAGAGGUUAUAGAGGCUGAAGUGACUGUCGAUGUAGUGAAGGCUUGGGUAGACGAUUACCACGUUUCGGCGGUUAAGUACUUCAAAGGGGAGCAGUUUUCCGGGCUGUUGGACCAUGGCAACUUUGAGCUGAUUGUGAUGGAAGAUGGAAUGACUGUGGUAGCUAUGUCCCAGUUACUCCACCGAGAUAUCCGUAUCCCUACAAUAGGCGUAGUCUGCAUUGCUGGGGCUGGAGAUAUGAAUAAUAGGUAUGGUCUCCCAGGUUUAAUCAACAGCGUGCCAUCUCUGACAAAUGAUGUGACAGAUUCAUCUCCUACUUUCUGGGAAAGAUGGCGCACUCUGACCAAUAUUGUUCGCUUAUUCAAAGCUUGCAUGGCCCUUAUCCAGCCCAUUUUCAUGAAUGAACCUCCCGAAAUAAAUGUCGAAGAUACUUUUCUGGCAGCUUACGAUAUUGUUUUUGUAAAUGACCACCCUGCCUUCUCAUUUCCCUUUCUCUCACCACCCAACACUUUCUAUCUUGGAUUCUUCAAUUUAGAAGGACGCCCUCUUAACCCUCUUCCAGAGGACUACUUAGAGUUCCUUGCGAAAUGUCCUUACAAACACACUGUAUUUUUCUCUUUCGGGUCCUAUCUUCCCGACAUAACUAUAUUCUCCGGUACUCCAGCCAUUCUUAAAACACUACUUCAGAUGGAUGCGUGUGUUAUCAUUAAAAGCAAGGUGGAUCUGAGUGUGAAGUUCGACCUCCCAGCUGAUAAGUUUAUACAGCGAGCCUGGAUACCACAGAAAGAUCUGCUGGGGAGUGGGAAGUUGGAUUUCUUCAUCUCUCACUGCGGUAACAACGGUAGGAUGGAGGCCAUCUACUAUAACGUGCCACUGUUUUGUAUUCCACUGUUUGGGGACCAGUAUUUAAAUGGUAGACUGGUACAAAGAAAUAAACUUGGGUUCCUUCUAACCUGGGAAACUGUAACUGAGGAAAGUGUUACGGAGAUAAUUGACAAGCUGUUAUCCGAGAAAGAAAGCAUUGUUGAUAACAUGAAAGGAGCUGUUGAAAUUGCCCGCAAUGACCCUGGAGCAGGAACUGAAGUACUGAGGUUUUACACUGAUUUGCUGAUCAAGAACGGGAAUGCCGACUUUCUAGUUAACCGGAUAAUCUUGAACCAGUCGUCAGUUGAGAUAUAUAAUUUAGAUAUUGCUGGAUUGGCCUUGACAGUUAUUGUUAUCAUUAUUCUGGGGAUCUUGUUUAGUUCAGUGAAAUGCUUUAAGUUUUGUUACCAGAAGAUUUUGAGAAAAAUGAAAACUGAUUGAGGAUACUUUUGUAGUUCAUUUUCACACGUUUUAAUAAAAACUUUAGCAGUUAUGGCCUACAAUAUUUGGUUUCAG